UGGAGGUGGAGAAUGCAAAGUCCUGUAGCCCCCCUGCAAAUCUGCAUCGCCCACCAGCAGUCCGCCUUAAGUAUUCUGCACCAAUACCUCCAGGAUCAGCGGCACCAUGGUCCGGCCCAGCCCAGCCCUUCUCAGAACCCCAGGAGCAGCUCUCCGCUGAGGCAAGCCGGCUCCAGCUGCGGGACCAGGAGGAUCCCAGCCUCAGCUACUCACAGCAAACGCAGGACCAUCCUGCAGGUCGCCCGAGAGAGCAAGUUAACCCGGUUAACAGGCUUCAUUUCAGGUUUACUGGAUCUGGAACAAAAUGCAUUGUCUGCACUGCUAGAGACGCACCUCCACGUGGAGUGUAAGCUCAGCGCCGAGCUCAGAAAUCUCUGCAGUCGCAUGGCAGCCCGAGAAGACUGUCUCCGAUUGGAUGCGGAUCUGAAAGCGAUCGAGGAGUGUUUGCGAGACAUUGCCCUGCAGCUGUUAAGUUCGCUGUCCUCAAACAAGUCAGGUUCACAUCUGCAGACCAUUCCCGUGCUGAAAGAACUCUUUAAAAAGUUCUUGGUUAUUUGAAGUCGUGGAAAUUGGAUGACCUAGCCUCUUCACUGAUAUGGACGGCAGCGGCAUGAGCAAUAUUUGUAACCAUUGUACCACCUCAGUCCGUGUGGAUUAUCAGUUUUCAUUCUGGUUCUGUAAUAACUGGGCAGUUUACAGUUCAUGUAUUUCUCUGGAACUUGGAUCAUUCAGUUCAGACUGGGUGAAGAUGGUAGAGUUUAUUCUGUCAAGGACUUUAGUAAAUCUGAUAGAUUACUGGACUGACAUCAACUUUCUUUUUAAAUCUUCUGACUUGUUUAAACACUGCAUUCAAGCUCUCAGAUUGCCAGGGUGGGAUUUAAACUCACAAAUUUUAGGCUAUUAAUUCAGGGCUCUGAUCCUCGGCUACGAGAUGCUGGUGUUAUUUUUGAAACUGUGAAUGGCAGGUAUGGUUUGUUGAAAUAUACAGUGUGGUUCACACGAAGUGCUGUUCUCCCAGCUGGGGUUACCACAAAGGACUCUCCUUCACAGCAUCUCCCCUCGCCUGGGGUGUGCUGACCCUCAGGUUAAACCAGCCACCAGGCGCCCUCUGUCUCUGAGAGAACAAGCCUGUGGUCCUAUAGGACUAUGGCGACCUCAAAUACAAGUACGCGCGACACUU